AGAGUUUGGAAAUCUUCACAAAGUCGCGACUGUAAAAUAAAGACUCUUGGUAACAGUCGCAAACGCGCUUGGAUUCAAAACGCACACAGCCAACAAACGAGGCAAGCAUCACGCCGCAGGGAACUUGAAAGUGAUCCGCUCGGGCUCAGUGUAUUUAAGAAUUGUAAAGAAAGCUGGCGCUGUGAACUUCACACUUGGAGGCGUGUCUUAAGACUUCACAAUGAGUAACGCCUGUGUGGAGGAAGACCCGGUGUUGGAGCGGAACUUCCACGGCCACCGGGACACUGUAACGGCCGUGGACUUCCAUCCGAGCACGUGCCAGGUGGUGUCCUCCAGCCUGGACGCCUGCAUCAUGCUCUGGAACUACCAGCAGCAACAGCGUGCCUUCAGACUGAAUGGGCCACAAGGAGCCGGUGAUGGACGUGCAGUUCUCGCCUUCGGGUAACCUGAUCGCCUCUGGCUCCCGGGACCGCACCAUCCGGCUCUGGGUGCCCUCCAUCAAGGGUGACUCGGGCAUGUUCAAGGCGCACAUGGGGACGGUACGCAGCGUCAACUUCUCCCCGGACGGCCAGAUGCUGGCCUCCGGCUCCGACGACAAGUCCAUCAAGGUGUGGACCGUGGCGCGGCACAAGUUUCAGUUUUCUCUCGCCGACCACAAGAACUGGGUCCGCUGCGUCAGGUUCUCGCCGGACGGCCGGCUCAUCACCAGCACCUCGGACGACCGCACCGUGCGGGUCUGGGACUGCCGCACACAGUGCUGCGUGCACACCUUUCACGAGGCCAAGGGCUUCUCGCACCACGUCGAGUUCCACCCGGCCGGCUCCUGCAUCGCUGCCGCCGGCUCCGACAACGCCGUCAAGGUGUACGACGUCCGCAUGCGCAGUCUGCUGCAACACUACGCCGUCCAUACGGCGCCCAUCAACAAGGUGUCGUUCCACCCGUCGGGAAACUUCUUGCUGUCGGCGUCGCACGACGGCACGUUGCGCGUGUUCGACCUGCUGGAGGGGCGGCCGUACUACACGUUGCACGGCCACCGGGGUCCGGUCACUGCCGCCGCCUUCGCGCGCGACGGCCACCACUUCGCCUCGGGCGGCACCGACGAGCAGCUGUUCGUGUGGCGCACCAACUUCGACCGGGAGAUGGCGGUGUCGAGCAGCGGCAGCGUGAUCCCGCAGAUGGAGACGGGUACGGAGAACACGCGGCCGGACGUAGACUGCUCGCGGCUGGCGGACGAACGGCGCGACGAGCUGCCGCCCGAGUCGGAGACGGAGAGCGUGCCGUCCGGUCCGCAGCCGACGCGGCCUCGCUGCUGCCGGCGGCGACGGCGGCGAACUGGGCGAGAUCAAGUCAAUGGUGCAGGGCAUGAUGCAGCAGAUGGAGCUAGUGACGCAGACCGUUUUACUGCUCGAGGAGCGGCUCAAGCUGGCCGAGGACAAGCUCUGCGAGAUGGCGGGGGCCGACCCGCACCGCAAGGACUAGUUCCGCACCGGCGGCGCGAGGACUGCCGGAGCACCAGCUUCGCAGACGCUGAAAUACCGUCCAGCGGCGCAUGGACUGGCUGUGGAUCAGCAGUGCCUGAUCGGUAGCCGCGCCAUGGCGUUUGUUCUGAGUGUGGAUCAGCAGAGUCGGGACCAGCCAUUGAUGACCACUUCAGUCCGCAAAAACUAAGCGCGAAUAAGUAUCGCGGGCACUACGUGUUGACCGGCACAGGGUCCAGUCUUGUCCCGGCGUUGCAGGGGGCGUGGAUCAUCGAACCUGACGUGGUGUGCUUGAUUACAAUUGACGGUAAGGCGGUCAUUGGCUUCAGCGUGAUGGCUUGGCCACGUGCGAGUGAGUGCUUCUUGUGGGUGACUCGUCGGCGUGUUCGUCCGCGCUUGGCGUGAAAUCACGAGGACUGUUGGGAGAUAGGUAGAUACCGCUGGCAUGUAUGGCUGGCGUUGUUCUUCAUGCCCACCAUUUCUGUGAUGUACAUACUGCCUUUCCUUCAUAAUUUGCUCUCCUCGAGACGAGGGCUCGCUUGCGCGCCGACUCACCGCUGAUUUCUAGCCACCUUUCUUUGAAAUAUGUUAGCUAACGUUAUGAUUAUUUGUUGUAAAUUGUAUGCUUCCAUAAAUGCAUGACACAUUAGUAGCUGGGAAAUCGUGAGCAGUGUUUCGCAUUUAGUUGUUGCCGUAGCUCUCCGUUAAUACACAUAUG